UAUAACAUAUCUUCUUUGUCCAAAACACACUGUUUAUACUUAGUAUUCCUUUUGCACUUUCAUCUUCUUGUCAUGGCUCUCCUUUGUUUUUUUCUGGUUUUCUUGUACCCAUUCUCAUGUUUUGCUCAGGGUCCCCCUUCACCUGGCUACUACCCCAGCUCUAGGGUUCCUACUAUUGGCUUUAAUCAAGGGUUUAGAACUCUCUGGGGCUCUCAGCAUCAGACUCUAGACCAGAACUCCUUAACUAUUUGGCUCGAUAGAAGUUCAGGAAGCGGUUUCAAAUCCAUAAAUUCAUACAAAUCCGGUUACUUCGGAGCUGCUAUGAAGCUCCAGCCAGGAUACACAGCAGGAACUAUAACAUGUUUCUACCUAUCAAACAAUGAAGCCUACCCCGGGGAUCAUGAUGAAAUUGACAUUGAGUUCCUAGGAACAAUACCAGGCAAGCCUUAUACACUUCAAACCAAUGUCUGGAUGAAGGGAAGUGGAGAUGGAAGUGUUGUUACUGGAAGGGAGAUGAAGUUUCACCUCUGGUUCGAUCCGACGAAGGAUUUUCAUAACUAUGCUAUCCUCUGGAACCCUUCUGAGAUCAUAUUUUUUGUGGAUGAUGUGCCCAUCAGAAGAUAUGCAAGAAAAUCUGAUGAAACAUUUCCACUAAAGCCUAUGUGGGCUUAUGGUUCAAUCUGGGAUGCUUCAUCCUGGGCAACAGAAGGAGGAAAAUACAAAGCUGAUUACAGUUACCAGCCAUUUAUAGGAAAGUACAAUAACUUCAAGAUUGGUGGAUGCGGGGCCAACGCCCCCGCAUCUUGCCAGCCCGCGACAGGGUCGCCAGCCAGAACCGGCGGCCUUAGCCGCCAGCAAUAUGCCGCAAUGGCAUGGGUGCAUAACAAUUAUAAGGUGUAUGAUUAUUGUCAGGACUCCAGCAGAGACCAUACACAUACACCUGAGUGUUAAGCAGGGGACUCUGUCUUUGUGUCAAAUGUGUGAUAUUUGUGACAUACCAUAAAACAAUUUGAUUGGAGUGGUUUGAGAUGGGCCCACUUGCAAAAUACAGAUGCAAGUUAGUUGAUCGUCCAAGCCUCCAAGUUUGUGGAAAUUGAUGUUCGUUUGUCUGUUUUAUACACUAUUCAAGCAUGUGGAAAUAAGUUGGUAAAUUGAAAUUUUAGUUAUCUUUUCAUAAACUAUUUAAAGUUGACAGAGAAAGUUCUGUUAAGUGUUUCUAUUCCUGCAUUUGUUUGCUGAUGGAUUUUGUACCAGAUACUUGUAUAAAAGAUACUUGUAUAUAAUCACAAUUUCAUCCCUUUUUUGUUUUUACUGUUUAAUUUAAGGUAUAAUUUAAGAAAAGGAUCUUUUUUA